AUGCGGCGCAAAGGGAACCUGCAGCUGGAGGAACCGAACGCAAGUGGGGCGAGCACGAGCGCAAGCACGAGCGUGUCGGAGCCUCCUCCGUCGCCGCACCAGGCCUACUUUGACAAAUACCCGAAACGGGCCGAGCGGAUUCGGGAGCGGAAUAACAGCAACAGCAAUAGCAGUAGCAAAGAAGACAAGGACAAACAUGUGACGAUCGAGUUUCCGACGAUGCAGGACCGCAAGUCGAGCUGGUCGCGACAGGCCGGGGGAGGACUGCGGGACUGGCGAGUCGUUCAGGCGCACUUGGAGCCAAAGGUCCCGAAACGGAAGGACAGGAUCAGAGAUCCAGACGACAUGGUUAUUGUUUCCCUCGCUUCUCCUUCUCCUUCCUCUUCCUCUCUUCACCACCACAACACUAGUGCCAACCACUCUGUCUGCGAUCCGACUUGUUCUACCUACGACCACCUUCCCCCCAGUCCGUCUGUCGUUUCUGGCUUUCGUUCUUCCCUCAUUUCUUCUGCCGGCACACUCACUUCGUCGGCUGCGACCGAGCCAGGAGCGCUCACUCCCCCACGCACACCUACCUCCCCCACGAAUCUGUUCUCAUCGCAUCGAGCUCGGUGGAAGCCAUGGACGCUCUCAUCGACAGUAUGGGCAUGGGCAUGGGAUCCAGCAAGCUCUCGCUUCGGCUACCCACUCUACCAACCGCCCCUUCCUACCCCGCCAGAAGGAGUCAAGCUUGGAAUUGUUCGAGGUGAUGAUGCUACAGCCUGGAAAUCUACUAAACCCAGGGGGAAACGACCGGACAAGAGUCCCAGGCGGAAAGAGUGGCAUGACGAUAUGGACGAUACCGAGACAGAGGCCGAACGGCGCACUCCUUCCAGCUCGACCAGUCGCACGGGCACACCUUCUACCACCGCCCCCUCCAGCCGCACAGGCACACCGGCUCCUCCAGCCCCCGUCCCCACGUCUUCGGCUUCCUCAGCCCUGCCCACACGGGUCAAGAGCGACGAAGAAAUCGAAGCAGACGAACGCGCGGACGUUACCAGCCCACUUGUUCCCCCGACCCGGAUACGCCAACGAAGCGGCGUCAGCACCCGAAGCGCACGAAGCGCACGCAAUGCAGCCCCUUCUGUCAAGAGCGGUGUAUCAGGCCGUACGCUGUCCACCAGUUCAGCUGGCUCUUCUGUCCACAAGGCUCGUGCCAUCUCGCGCAGCCAUGCAAUGUGGGACCUUCCCAAUUCGGGCGACGGCGAGACCGAGUCUAUCGACGCUGUCCUUAGUCGCGGCGAGCGAGUCAAGGAACGAACGGUGGUACCGAGUAUCGAUGAUAUUAUCAAGAUGCACGCUCCAGCCGUCGUAGCAGCCACCAAAGCCGUAUCUCAACGAAGCGCAGCAACGCCCAAACCUCCCGAAUCGCCCACUCCUUCCAAACCGGUCGAGGUAGACGACCUCUUUGAUCCUGGGCACUCUGGACUGGACCCUACGCGAUCGAGCGUCGACUCGAUAGCAGACGAAGCACAGAGAGCAUUGCAAGCUAUCCAAGACACUCCCCCUCCCCCAGUCGGAACCAUCACCCCCCGCAGACCUCGAACCGCCAACACGUGCGCGUCGACGCCCACAUCCGCGCCUCGUCUCCAACACGCCCGCUCAUUUACGGGUUCUGCCCCCGCCGAGUCCGCAUCCUUGUCCCCCUGCAUACGAGCCCCCUUUUCGGACGGCGCGUCGAUCUGUUCCGGAAACUCUGGCACGACCGUCGUCCUCCCCCGUCCCUCCAACCCAGCCGACCCGACGAUGGAAAUGGCCCAGUACCUACGCUCGCCGCGCCUCACCCGCCUGCUCACCCUCCGACGACCCGCCCACGCGGGGUUGACCGUCUCGCUCGCCGACGUCGGAUCACUCACGGGCCGACCAGUAAUCGUGUACCUCGGACUCGGAUGCGUGCGGUACCUCGUCGCGCUCUACGACGAAAUGGCCGAGGCGCUCAAUCUGCGUCUGAUCUGCAUCGACCGGUGGGGACUCGGCCGCACGUCCGACGUGCCGACCGACAAGCGCGGGUUGCUCGAGUGGGCCGGUGUCGUCGAGGAGGUGGCCGAUACGCUCGGGCUGGGGCGGUAUAGCGUCUUGGCGCAUUCGGCGGGCGCGCCGUAUGCGCUUGCUGGGAGUUUGAAGGCUGGCGAGCGUGUUAUGGGCAGUGUGCAUCUUUUGGCGCCGUGGGUUAGCAUGGCCGUUGACGGUGGAUACAAAUGGCUCAAAUACGUCCCGAAUGGAUUGAUCAAGACGGCUCAGGCGGCCGAGUGGCGUUUGCAAGGAUGGAUGAUUGGCAAGCCCCCGACGAUCCAGUACGAAGGCAUCGGGUUCGACGCGAGUGCUCCGAUGAGUCCUGGGAGGGUAUCGUUUAGCUCGUUUAGCGAGUACGACGAGCUGGACGAUUUCGAGGGCCGGUUUGGGAGUCCGACUAGGUUGGCGUUGGGAGAGGGCAAAGAGGGCGGGAAGGAGAGAGGCAAGGUGAAUGGUGGUGGGAAGGACAAGGAAAAGGACAAGGACAAGGAAAAGACGGGAGGGAACAAAGAAAAGACUAAGAAGCCUAAAGAUCUUGUGGUGUCCGAGAUGGGCGAGUAUCGUCCGCGCAAGGGCUCGAAAUCCAUCUUUGGCGGGUUGUUCAAUAAUACCGCCCCGAAGAGCGCACCCAAGCGUGGCCAGUCGACUCCCCCCAGUGCGCAGGCGACGAUUAAAGCCAGGGGACCUGUGGAGCUCGAGGAUCCUGCAGCGGAAGAGUGCGUUGAGCCUACCACGCCUGUUCCUAUCCCACCCGUCCCGCCUAUUCCACCUAUCCCGGACCAAGAGCAGCCACCCGAGUCGCCGACGACGCCUAUACCACCCCCACCCACGUCCGCACCCAAACUCAAGGGCCUGCGCUCCAUGUCAUCUCUCAAGUCGCGUUCGGCCAAGUCCGAGCCCGGGAAACAUACCCCCGUCGGACUCGGACUGGGGAUCGACGACCCGGACGCGCGUACCCAGGCGUGGGCGUCCGAGUUUGCGGAUACGGAUAGGCCGAGGCAGAGGCGUUCGUUAUCGCUCAAUGCGCGACCGAGGAUCAUGUCGCCCACCACUCCCGUCCCUCCCUCUCCGCGCUCCCCGAACCCGGCCAGCUCGAGCCAAGCCCAGAAUCAGAAUCAGGGCCAGAACCAGAACCCAAAGACCAUCACACUCGCCUCGGCCCUCUUGCAAGCCUCGCACGCCGAGUCGCUCAAAGGCGGAACGGCCGACCUGUUGUCCAUCCUCGAACGAGACUCCAAGCCCUGGGGCUUCUCGUACGCCGACGUGAGGCAGCCGGUGCGGGUCUGGUACGGCGACCGGGACGACAAGAUUGGGAUCGGGAGCGUGCGGUGGAUGGAGCGCGUGAUGAAGUCGUGCGAGGUCAAGAUUGUCAAGGGUGCGGGACACAGUUUGAUGACGAAUGCCGAGGUCGUGGUCGAGGUUCUGGAGAGCAUUGCGAAAGAGUGGGAUCAGUAG